AAGUGCUUUGCAUUCAGACUCAAACAGCUAAGGUGUCCGCCCUAACACGAGGACUUUAACUGUAGUUAAGCUUAUUUUUUUGCUGAGAACAGUGACUCAAAUCUAACCUAACCUUGUUCGCUAAAUAAUGUUCUCAGUUGCUUCCCUCUACACAUCUCCUGUCACGCUAUAGGUAAGUGUGGAUAACGAGCUACUUCCGCUACCAUUUGACAAACAUGCUAACUGCUGUGAGGUGUAUGCUGUCCAAGGUGGUUUCUCCAUUGUGGAGGACUCAAGAGGUGGAUGGAGAUGACAUGCUCUCCGGUACAGUAGGAACGGAGGAUAUUCGCCACCUGCGGGGCAGUGUGGUGACCCAGCUGUGCCUUGACUAUGGCAUGAUAGACCAUACAAUCUACUUCACUAGUGGAGAGGUGUUGGGCGGGAUGCCACUGAAAGAAGGGGACGUGGUGAACUGCAUAGCUGUACGAGAUGGUGCCCAGGGAGGAUGGAAAGCUCUCAGGGUGGAGAAGAGUGCAGAUGCUUGGGAAGAUGGAGGAGCAAGCUCCCUAGAAGCUGACACUAUGCAGCUGCGGCCUCUCAUCGGCACAGUCACAUCAUUUGAUGGAGAUGGCGGCUACAUAAACCAGACUACAUAUUUCCCACGCAGCAGUCUAUGGGAAGGUUAUGAGCCAAUGAAAGGAGACUGGGUCCAAGCAAAAUAUUUUAUCAAUCCUACCCAGUGGACCACCCAGGCUUGUUCUGUGGCCCCCUUACGAUACUGCCGCCUAGACCGGGUGCAAGUGACCAGCGUGUAUGAUAAAAAUGGAGUAGCGGAUGAUAGUGUGUUCUUCAGCUUGGACUCUCUGCUGCUCCCUGCCCACUACCAGCCUUUACCAGGACACCUCGUCAACCUGGUAAUGGUGGAGAGCAGUCAGUCCUUCUACUACUGGAGGGCCCUGUGCAUGGCACCCUGCCUUCAGAGUGGGAAUACCUCUGCCACACGUCUCCCAGAGGUUGAACUCGAGAGCAUUUUGGAAAACAAAGGGGGGCUGGAUGUCACAGACUAUGGCCAGUUCGGGGAUCUGAUGAUUGGGGACAAACAGGAGUUGGUACUCUGGAUACAGAACAAAGGCUCAGAGACCCACAGGCUGAAGUGCUGUGACUUUGCUGGCUGGGACUCAGAGGAACAAUUUACCCUGGUUACUGUCAAAGGCCCCGCACCACUGACACGGAAACGACAGCCCUCGCAAGAAAACUGCUCUGAGUCCUCAGAAAAACAAGUCAGUAAUGCAAAUGAGGAAUUGAAAGAAAAUGGUAAGGUGCUGAAGGAAACAACCCAAUCCCCUGCUGUAAGGAGAGAGGAGACAGAUGUGGAUAUUCAACCAGGAGAGCGGUUGUCUGUUGUAGUGGCCUGUCAAGCAAAGAGCCUUGGAAGCUGUGCUGAGCUACUGUUGCUGCACUUCUCCUUGUUCACCAUUGGGAGGCGCCUGGAGGUCACAGUGGGUAGUCAGGAGGAGAGCCUGCUGCAGCCCUCUGCGCCCUACAAUACCAAAGAAGGCCCAAAAGAUGGUCACCUGGACUCAGCAAUGCCUGCUCAUGUGAUCACUGUCUCUGCUCCAAAAGACAAACCAAGGCUCACCAAGCGGCGGAUGCCAAACUACCUACCUAACUACCCGUUGCCUCAGGCUCUCCGAGACUGUGUGGAGGCACGGAGCGAUGUGUUGGUAGUACAGCCCUGUCUGGGAGAGACACUGUCACCAUCCAACAUGCGCUCGCGUUUCUCAGUCCUCCUUUGGCUGGAGGAGCUGCAUGCUGAGAAGGAAAUAAGAGAAUUCACAAUCAACGGGGCCCUUCUCAGAAAAGGAGCGGUCUACCUGCACCUAGAGGUCGCUGGGUCGGCAGAAGGCCGACCAAGUCUCUGUAUAGGUGACAGAGUGGUUUUAAAGAAACCACAGAGUAACGGCGUGGUAAUGGAGUACAUCAGUUAUAUUACAGAGAUCAACAAUGAGAAUGUGAGUUUGAGAGUGAACUCAGAUUUUCAGCGCAGCUACCUCGGAGAGCCACUUGAUGUUGAGUUCUCUUACAACAGAUUGACCAUGAGGCGCUGUCACAAUGCACUUGACCAGACAAAACAGUUUGGGGAGAUUCUCUUCCCCUCCAGAGUGACUGCUCAGAGCCCUCAGUGGACAGGGACCUGGAUAGAGGAGACAGACCAAAACAAAACAACAGAGGACCAUGAGGCUCCAGCUAUGGAAAAUGGAAACGUGUCAAGCAUUUCCAUCAACAUGAAGUCAAGAGCCACGCAGACUAAAGACAGUAGACUGCCGUCCAAGCCCAUUCCCAGCAAAGGGCACUUCUUUAACCCAGACCUGAACCCCCCUCAGAGAGAGGCAGUGAAGAGGAUCCUGGCAGGGGAGUGUCGGCCCAUUCCUUAUGUACUGUUUGGACCUCCAGGCACCGGAAAGACCAUCACCCUCAUAGAGGCCAUACUACAGGUUUACCACUUUGUGCCCAGUAGUCGGAUACUCGUAUGCACUCCUUCCAACAGUGCUGCUGACCUCAUCUGCGUUCGCCUACAUGACAGUGGUUUCCUGCAUGCUGCAAGUUUGGCCCGUGUCAACGCAUCCUCAAGACAGGAAGAGUCCAUCCCAGAAGUGCUGAGACUGUACUCGAAGGCAGGAGAAGACAUUCGUCAUGCCUCCUAUCACAGGAUCGUGGUCAGCACCUGCUCCAGCGCUGGCAUGUUCCAUAAUAUAGGAAUCCAAGUGGGUCAUUUCACCCAUGUGUUUCUGGAUGAAGCCGGCCAGGCCACAGAACCAGAGUCCCUGAUCCCCAUGAGUUUUAUAUCAGAGAGAGAUGGACAGAUAGUGCUGGCUGGAGACCCCUGUCAGUUGGGUCCAAUUGUAAAGUCCAAGCUGGCUGCUGCCUUUGGCCUGGGGGUGUCUCUAUUGGAGAGGCUGAUGGCCAACCCGCUGUACUGCAGACAUGACUGGGGAUACAACCCAAAACUGGUGACCAAGCUGAUCUACAACUACCGUUCUCACGAGGCCUUGAUCACGCUGCCCUCUAAGCUCUUCUACAAGAACGAACUGUGUGUCAAAGCUCCCAGGGCCACAGUAGAGUCUCUUUGCCAGUGGACAACCCUGCCCAAAAAAGGCUUCCCACUCCUCUUCCAUGGAGUUAGGGGCACAGAAAUGAGGGAAGGUAACAACCCAUCAUGGUUCAACCCAGUGGAGGCUGUACAGGUCAUGCUCUACUGCUGCCAGCUGGCCAAGAAGCUCUACAACCCUGUGGAUGCCUCUGAUAUUGGCAUCAUUGCCCCGUACAAGAAACAGUGUGAGAAGAUUCGAGUGCUGCUGGGCAAGGUCGGCCUGUCUGACAUCAAAGUGGGCUCUGUGGAGGAGUUCCAAGGACAAGAGUUCCUCGCCAUCAUCAUGUCUACGGUGCGCUCUAAUGAAUCAGUAGAGAGCGAUGAUUUGCAGAGUUCACUCGGCUUUCUGUCCAACCCCAAACGCUUCAACGUGGCCAUCACUCGUCCCAAAGCCCUGCUCUUGAUUGUUGGAAACCCCCACCUACUCAUCAGGGAUCCAUGCUUUAGGACUCUGCUGGAGUACUGUUUCAGCAAUGGGGCAUAUCUGGGCUGUGACCCUCCUACCUCACUGAGGGACAGUCCGAUAGCUGCAGAAGAGCAAAGCACUGCUGCGUAAGAGGACAGUAGAAUCAUGGAUGGUGUACCUCUGUCAGCCCGGUUGUUUAAUUUUGUUCUAAGUUUGUUUUUUUCCCUUCACAUUGCCUUGACUCGUCUGUGUUUUGUCUGUUUGCAAAGUGAGCUAAAGCUGCCUGAAUCAGUGUUAACUGAAUUGGUAGAAAAGAGACAUUUCUUGUUUCUUUAAAAGCCAAAUGCAGUUCUAAUGGGGUUAUAGAAAUAAAGAUGAUGCUUGAGCACA